AUGGAGGAGGCAGACCUCCACGGAAAACUUACGCACCCACACGUAAUCCGACUCUAUGGGGUCUGCAAAGAAGAUCCGAUUUGGCUUGUGCUGGAAUUUGCUGACGAGGGUGAGCUACGCCACUACCUACUGGAACGACAAUCGCGAAUCCCACUAACCACCCUUGUGACCUUCUGCCACCAACUCUCCUCAGCCUUGGCGUACCUGGAAGGCCUCAGAAUCAUCCACAGAGACGUCGCCGCUCGGAACGUUCUAGUAGCCAGCGAUAAUUGCGUCAAAUUGGCUGAUUUUGGGAUGGCGAGGGAGUUGCAAUCGCAGGACUUCUACGUUGCCGAACAAGGCAGGAAAGUGCCAAUCAAGUGGAUGGCACCGGAAAGUCUGCAAUCCAGAAUUUUCAGUCCAGCCUCCGACGUCUGGAUGUUCGGUAAUCUGAUGAUUAAAGAUGAUGAUGGCGAUGAUUGUGGUGGCGCUAAAUCCGACACAUUCAUCGUUGUUGCAGGGGUGUGCAUGUGGGAGAUCCUCUCGUUCGGCCUGAAGCCCUUCCACGACAUUUCCAACGCCGAGGCCGUGGCAGCGAUCGGACGAGGCGAGCGAUUGCCUCGGCCCGACAUCUGUCUGGCCACCCACUACCGACUGAUGCUGGAGUGUUGGAUGGAAGAUCCAGUGCUUCGACCCACCUGCGCCUCUCUCCAGCCAAAACUCAGGGAAAUCGUGACAGAAGCUAAACGUCUUUCUGCAGACAGCUCCGACGCUCAGAUUCCUAAACGAGUCUCAGAAAACGGCACGAACAACUCCAACAAGGCGUCUAAGGAUGACGUCUCAAAUGUGCCUUACUUGCAACCCCUGCCUGACAAACCGACCAAUAAGAACCUCUCGCCCCUGGCACGACCCCUCAGACCCUCAGAAGCCGAUGGCCCGGUUCACCGAGCUGUCUACCGUGUGCUCGAGCAGAUUCUCAACAUCACACAAAAAGUCACACUCCCCGCACCCAAUCACCUGCUAGCGUCUGUCAAGAAGGUGGGUGAGCACAUCCGGACGCUGUUUGUGAUCAUUCAACAGACGGUUGAAGAGAUCGACGACGUCUCACUGAUUGACUCGGCGGAACGCCAACUCACCGACUCCUACCACUACCUCAUCGAGGACAUGAACAAGCUGCGCGAAUACUACACCAAAAUGGACGUCCGCGACGAGCUCUACCGCCGAUUCCUCGGACAGGCGUUCGUGGUGGCCAGCGACGCCAGAACCCUCUACCAAUCCGUGCAGCAGUGUCGACAGGCGCACUUCUUGCUGUUUGCACAUCGUUGA